AUAUUGUUUUUGUCAAGCAUUCUUUACCCAAUAUAUCUCCAAUAUCCAUUAAUCGAUACACAGAUCUCUCAUCCUCGCCAAUUUGACCAUCACCAUAUAUACAUACAAAUCAUUUAUAUCUAUUUUUUAUUUAAUAAAGCAGAGCUAAAAAGGCUUGAAGAUUGGAUUUUUAUUGCAGCCAUGGCUCUUAGACGCCUUCUCUCUGAGGUUGCAUACAAGCAAUGUCACGUCAAUCAGUUGACCAAAUUGUUGGCUAACUCUUAUCUCACUUCACGAUAUUUAGGUAAUGCCGGAGCAAAUGGUCUUUCGAUUACCCCUCACAGGUUCCAGUCAAGUUAUGUUGGACGAUUGGGUCGCAGAGUACAAGAUUUAGAAGGAUCAAGUGAUGUUGCAUAUCUUAAAGAGCUUUAUCAUCGAAAUGAUCCGGAGGCAGUCAUAAGAUUGUUUGAGAGUCAUCCUUCAUUGCAGACCAACCAGGAUGCACUUUCAGAAUAUGUCAAGGCAUUGGUUAAAGUUGAUAGGUUGGAUGAUAGCGAGUUGCUCAAGACAUUGCAAAGAGGUAUUUCUGGUACUGGCUUCAAUAGAACAAUGGAUGAAAGUAUUGGUGGUCGUGCAGCUAUGAGAAAUGUGGGAAAAGCUUCGAAAGAUGGUGUCCUAGGAACUGCUGGUACUCCUAUACAUAUGGUGACUACGGAAGGAGGACAUUUUAAAGAACAACUCUGGCGUACUUUCCGAACCCUAGGCUUAGCCUUUCUCUUGAUUUCAGGCAUUGGGGCACUAAUCGAGGAUAGAGGAAUAAGUAAAGGAAUGGGUGGUCUUAAUGAAGAGGUACAACCCAUUAUGGAAUCCAAAACAAAAUUCAAUGAUGUAAAAGGUGUCGAUGAAGCAAAAGCGGAGCUAGAAGAGAUUGUUCACUACCUUCGAGAUCCUAAGCGCUUUACUCAUCUUGGUGGAAAACUGCCCAAAGGAGUUCUGCUUGUUGGUCCUCCUGGCACUGGAAAGACUAUGUUAGCAAGGGCUAUAGCAGGAGAAGCUGGGGUACCUUUCUUCUCAUGCAGUGGCAGUGAGUUUGAAGAGAUGUUUGUUGGUGUUGGAGCCCGACGAGUGAGAGAUCUAUUUGCUGCCGGAAAGAAGCGCUCACCUUGCAUAAUAUUCAUUGAUGAAAUAGAUGCCAUAGGAGGCCGGCGCAAUCCCAAAGACCAACAGUACAUGAGAAUGACUUUAAAUCAGCUGCUUGUUGAACUUGAUGGAUUCAAACAAAAUGAAGGAGUUAUUGUGGUUGCGGCAACUAACUUCCCUGAAUCUUUGGACAAGGCAUUGGUGAGACCGGGACGGUUUGAUCGUCAUAUUGUUGUCCCAAAUCCAGAUGUUGAAGGGCGGAGACAGAUCAUGGAAUCUCACAUGUCUAAGGUUCUAAAAGGAGAUGAUGUUGAUCUGAUGAUUAUUGCUAGAGGAACGCCUGGAUUCUCUGGUGCUGAUCUAGCAAAUUUGGUUAACGUUGCAGCUGUGAAGGCUGCAAUGGAUGGUGCCAAAGCUGUGAGCAUGGCUGAUUUAGAAUAUGCCAAGGACAAGAUAAUGAUGGGCAGUGAGCGCAGAUCAGCUGUUAUAUCAGAAGAAUCGAGAAAGCUGACAGCUUUCCAUGAGAGUGGCCAUGCUCUGGUGGCAAUCCAUACUGAUGGUGCCCUUCCGGUCCACAAGGCAACAAUUGUUCCACGUGGCAUGUCUCUCGGCAUGGUUGCUCAAUUACCCGACAAAGAUGAAACGAGUAUUUCUCGUAAGCAAAUGCUUGCUCGGUUAGAUAUUUGCAUGGGCGGUCGAGUUGCAGAAGAGCUUAUUUUUGGAGAGAAUGAAGUCACUUCAGGUGCAUCAUCUGAUCUCCAGCAAGCAACUAAUCUUGCCAGAUCAAUGGUUACAAAAUAUGGCAUGAGUAAGCAAGUUGGAGUUGUUACUCACAACUAUGAUGAUGAGGGGAAGAGUAUGAGCACCGAGACAAGGCUUCUCAUAGAAAAAGAAGUAAGAGAAUUGUUGGAAAGGGCAUAUAAUAAUGCUAAGGCCAUUCUUACAACCCACCAAAAGGAGCACCAUGCACUUGCUAAUGCAUUACUUGAACAUGAGACACUUAGUGGUAGUCAAAUUACAGCCUUACUUGAUAAACUCAAGUCUGAUCAGCAACAGAAGCUUGUUUCAACUCAAAGCACGUCACAGUCCAACCCAGUUCCUCCAUCAGGACCAUCUGCUGCAGCAUCUGCAGCAGCAGCGGCCGCCGCUGCAGCAGCUGCAGCUGCAAGUGCCGCGGCCAAAGCAAAAGGAGUUGCUCCCGUUGGGUCCUAGUUGCUGCUUGAAUAUUACAGGUAUUUAUUUCCCAUCAGAGAAGCCAUUGAAGUUUCAUUUGCAGCUCCGCUGAAAUCCUAUUUGUAUAUCAGCACUGAGUGUAGAAGUCAAUAUGUAGAUUAAGCGGAAGAAGUUCAUGUCAAAAAUUAGUGGUUAAGUCUGUUAUACUAAUUUCUUAACCCUUUGCCCUUUGGUCUUAUUUAGCCUUACUGUUGAUGAUAAUAAGUUUUGAGUAGCUACACCCAUCACCACCUUAUUUUUUUUGUUUUGCUUUUGCCCUUGUUUCUCUUGAGGCCUGGAGACACAUUGUAAAGCUAUGAGUUAGGAGGCCCUCAGUGUUGUAUUAUACAUACCCAUACUGCAAAAUUGUAGAAUUGUAAUACUAUAAGAUUACAAUAAGAGGUAUAAGAGUUGCAAUUUCGUAA